AUGGGUGCACAGCACGUGUGGAGCGAGAGUGAAGACUGCCUGCCUUUCUUGCAGUUAGCACAGGAUUACAUAUCUUCCUGCGGCAAGAAGACACUCCAUGAAGUUUUGGAAAAAGUGUUCAAGUCCUUCAGACCUUUGCUGGGACUUCCAGAUGCAGAUGAUGAUGCAUUUGAAGAAUACAGUGCAGAUGUGGAAGAGGAAGAGCCAGAGGCGGACCACCCCCAAAUGGGUGUUAGUCAGCAAUAACUCCUCAAGGGCACCUUCUGGAAAAGGAUAGUGAGCUUCGUGGUACCCUAAGUGAGUCACGUGCUCCAGGUGUAGCCUUCUGCAUUAGCACUUGGAAACAGGACAUUUGUUCCCAGCUUUGUAAUGAUCACACAAUCUCUGUAAUGAGCUGUGUCAUCACUUGGAUUUAGGUUUGGCUUCAGAGAAGUGUCUAUGGAAUUGUCUUGGUAGGCUUUGCACUUUCAAUUUAGAGUCCAUUCUGUGGCUGCCUGUUUCUCUCUUGAGUUUAUGUUGGAGGAUUAAUAUUCAGUGAUUGGAAUGAAGAGAACUCUGAACGUGUUAAGGAUUUGUUUUGAGCUCUUACAAGUGACCUUGCUGAGGAAAAGCAUGGCAGAGGAGAUACUCGACCUACGGUUUUUAUAUACUUUUUAAAUAUUUGUCAGCAAAAGAUUUUGCUUAUAAAGCAUGAGUUUUAAUAACUAACUCAAGUGCAAAUUCACAUGCAAAAGCAGAAAGGAUAAUUGCUUCACUUUGGAUUAAGAUGGUAAGAGGCCAAGGAACCUUGGAAGAGCUUCUCCAUUACCGAGCUACUUGGGUAUGUAGCAGCUGGUUCCUGGUUAGGUGUAAAUUGUUACUUGCAUGGUCAGCUGGGUUUUUUAACCUGACAAUAACAAAGCCACGUAAAAAAAAUCUAAUAGUGGAAAACAAAGGGGAUGACAGAUAUAAUUUACUGAUUUUUUAAAAGCUGUUUAUAAAAUGUCUCACAUAUAAAAUGACACAUUUACCUUCAUAAUAAAAUGGCAACUUAGGAAAUCAUGAAAACACCCAGAAUCCAAGUAAGUGCUACUUAAACUUUGAAGCCAUAGAUAAAUUUUAAAAAAGCAGAAUAAAAAAAAUGUAAAAAUUA